UCUCCUCCUUUUUCCGAGGCUGCACUUCUUGGAAGUGGAGCCGGUUUGGGUUUUGUUUCCCUCCCCCCUCCUCUCUCCUCUUCCUCCACCCCUUUCCCCUCCCCCUCCCUUUCCCCCUCCCCCAGCUGUCUUUCUAGCAUGAUGCCCUUUUUCAUCCACAUUUGUGUUUCAGGUGUAGAAAGGAGAGAGAGUGAACAGGGAGCGGGGCUUUUGUCUGUGUAUUACCCAGAACUUUCUGUCUGGUUCAGUCAAGAACCAUUUCCAAACAAGGAAAUGGAGGGAAGGCUUCCCAAGGGAAGACUUCCCAUCCCGAAGGAAGUGAAUCGUAAGAAGAAGGAUGAGCUGGUGGCUGCUUCCCUGACUCCGCUCAGUGGCAAUGAACUCCGCUCCCCAAGAAUCAGUUACCUACCCUCUUUUUAAUCGUAACACCUCCAUUUGUAUUACAUAUGGUGUAUGGGUAUUGAUGAGGUCAUGGUAUCAUAUAUGGGAUUUUUUUUUCUGUGUAAAUCAUCAAGUAUAAGAAGAAACUACGGGACUCUGAGCCUUGCUUUAGAGAAUCUACAGUGGACAAAUAGGUAUCAUCAAAUCCGUUUUUAAUCAUUCUGACUUCAGUGAAAACGCUCAGAAUUUCACACUGUGAAUCCACGUUUACAACCCUUACAGGUGGGCCCUCAGGCCUGGUUCGCUACAACGGUGUCUUCCACAACUCAAACUCCCACAGCUCUCACACAACCGGUCCACUUCUGCCUUUUCACUCACACAGCUCCCGACUGCUUCCUGCAGAGGCUGAGAGUCCCCUCCCCCCCCUUUUUUUUUCAUUUAGAUGUAACAAGCCUAGUAGUUUAUGUUCAUCAAUUGUCUGUAUAUCUCUAUAUUUUACCCAUGUACUCUUUUGAUGUAUAGAAGUAGUUUGAAACUCAUUGUUUCCUUGUGGUAAGUGACCGACAUGCUGCCACAGGACCUGAGACACUGAUGAAUGGUGCUAUUUUGGACUUUCAACAUGCUCCUUGGCGAGGUAGCUCUGAUGGAGUUAUUUUUUAUUUCCAUGUUCUAAGAAGGUGUUGGUACUUUGUUUCCCUGAAUGUUAUUCUCUAGACUGGAUUGACUUGUUUUCCUUGUGUCUUCAGUGUGGCUUUCUUCUUCAGUGUUGUAGGUUGAGUAAACGCUACCAGAGAGUGUAAGAGACUGACGCCUCAUUGGCUGGCACCCACAGACAUGAAAUCCCUGUAGUGGGAGCAAUCACAAAACUGUAAUUUUCUUACCAAAUCUCCUCCUUUCUGUAGCCUCGCCUGCCUAACCUAGAGAAAGAAAAGCAAUAAUUUUACAGACAUUUUUAGGUGUCUCUUUAGAUUCUUUUUAUUUGAAAGGAUAUUUGGUUGGGGGGAAAGGGGCAAACCCUUUUUAAAUAAAUACCCUCUAGGAAAAAAAUCCCCAAAACUGGCAUCUUAGUAGAAAUCUGAAAAUUAUAACUUUCCUGAAAAUUAAGUUGGAAAAAAAGUCUUUACAAAAUUUAAAAAAAAGAAAAAGGCAGAGCAUUCUUUUUCAUCAAUUUUGAUAAGCAAGGUGUAGAUUUUGCAUUUUUGUCCUUGCUCCCAAUGAAAUGGACAAACAAAACUAAAAUUAGAAAUACCAUCUACUCAUGGAAUGUUGUUGUGUCAGCCAGUCUGAAAGCCCACCUUAAUUUUUAUACAACUGUCUUUUAGCUCUUCCUUUGACAGGGCAGGCCUUGAUCUGAACUGUUCGCUUCUGACUGUUAAACAUCGACGAUGCAUGCACUGCACUUUGUUUUCUUCUCGCCCCCCUGUUGGACUGAGUUUCUUGUGCAUUUCGCCCCUCCCUCCUUUGUUAGAAUAGGUGUAUCGGCUGUGUAAAUAGAGCAAAAUAACAGUAUUCUGCAUCUGUGGCAUUUAUGUAGAGUUGCGGUUGUGUGCUGCUGAAAACGCAGGCUUUUGUAAUAAUGUGGUCUUUACUGAUGCACUCAUGACAGUACCCAGUGUAUUUUAGCUAUUUUAGUAGGAUUUGUUCAAUAAAUAUGCAAGCUGUAAG